AUGGUACUGCCGCUCCUGAAGCUUGGGACUUUGCUCCUAAAAACUCUGAGCAAACCCGUAGCCGCCAGGCUCAAACAGCAAGCUGGGUUGCACCCAAGGUUCCGCCAGAUCAUCGUUAGCAUGGCACAGGCAAACCAUCAAAUCACCACAAGAAUGCAAAGACGGCUCUAUAGUCAUGCAACUGAUGUUGAGAUUCGCCCUUUGAAUGAGGAGAAGGCUGUGCAGGCUGCUGUGGACCUUAUUGGGGAGCUCUUUGUUUUCUCGGUUGCAGUAGCUGUUUUGAUCUUUGAAGUGCAAAGAAAUUCUAGAUCAGAAGCCAGAAAGGAGGAAUUACGCAAGCAAGAACUGGAGACAAUGAAGCAAAGAGAUGAAGCCUUAUCAAGAGAAGUAGUACUUCUUAGGGCAAAAUUUGAAGAACUGGAGAAGCUUGCGAAGGGACGAGGACUUAGUGGUAUCAUCAACUUCAAGCGUGCUGAAACAGAAGGUGCAAAGACAGAAAAACCGGCCUGA